AAAAUUGUAGGGCACGACAAGUCAAUGCUGUCGACAAUAGUAAACCAAGCGUUAAAUGUUGGAACUGUGGAGCGUUUGGCCACAUAAGUAGAAAUUGUAAAAAACCAAAUUUUAAUAAUAGACAGGGAAACUAAAGAACUCUUCUUGUAUUACAGCCGACAAGAAGAGUGACAAAAAUUCACUAAAACAAAAUAUACAAUCUUUUCAAAUAAAUUUGGCAGGUAAUCCAAGCUCAUGUGUCAUCAAAUUAGAAAAACAAACUUUUAGAUCCUUGGUUGACACUGGCGCGGAAGUUUCAUUGAUGCACAGUCGAGUGUAUAAAAAUUUAAAAUUUAAACCUAAACUAAAGAAAGAGAAAAUAGCUUUAUUUUCAGUUAACAACAAACAAAUUGACAUGGACGGCAGUGCUACAUUUGAUUUUAAAUUGGGGGGUAAAAAGGUGUCACAUAAAUUUUAUGUUGUGUCAUCUAUGAAUAGAAAUAUAAUUCUUGGUAGGGACUUCUUAACAGAAAAAAAAUAAGGCUGUAUUUCGAUUUAAAAAGUUUGAGAUACGAGGGUACUUAUAUUCCCCUCGAGGAGGACAUUCACGUAAGUUCAUUGCUGAGGUUAUCGGCAGAACUGGUAGUGAAGCCUCAAACAUAUAAUAUAGGUACGGCGAAAAUAAAAGGUGAUAAUCCGACGUCUAGUACACUCCUUAUAGAGAGUUAUGAUAAGGGGUUUAUUGGAGGACAACCAGGGUUAAUGGUUGUGAACUCCAUUGUACCAGUUAACAAUGACAAUGAGGUCAAUGCACGAGUACCUGUUGCCAUUGUUAACGAAUCUAAUAAGACUAUUAGAUUGAAAAGAGGGUGUAUUGUAGGAAUGGCCCAAACAAUAGACAAUGGACAGAUUUGUUCAAUAGAGUCGACAAAGACUAGUGGACAAAACGAUAACAAUGACGAUUUGUUUAAAGACUUAGACUGUGACCCCAGACAUAAGGACAGACUAUCAAAAUUCUUGACCGGACAGACAACAAAGACACAUGCCGACAAAUUACGCUUAGCAAACAUUGACCAAUGGGACAUUCCUACUAACGACUCAAAGGUACGAAGCAGUAAAUAUGUUGUACCACCCUCUGACACAAGUGAUUCAGACCAGUCCGAACAUGAAGACGUUUCUGACUCUGAUUCAUCUGAAGUCGAUAAACCAUUAGCACGAUUGGUUGACAAAUAUAGGCGUGCUAGAGACAAUUCGAGCUCUGAGGAGGAUGACAUACCUCUCUUUGAGCUUGCCCAAAGAUUGAAACAAAAAGAAAGGGAAGAAAGGGAAGAUGAAAUGAAUGAAACAGGCGAUGACCACGAAAGCUCAUCAUCGCACAUGUCAGAUGCAGAUUUAAAUUAGCAUGCAAUAGACAUAGUUUAGGAUGAUGGGAAGGGCCCUCCUUGAUUUCUUGAAGAAACUAUCCUGAAAUGCUCUGACAUAAUCAUUAGAUCAACAAUGCAGGGUUAAUGCAUAGAUCUUGUUAAUGAUAUAUAUGUUUACUAUACGCGGUUAACGUUAAUGUAGACAUCGUUGUUCCCUUGAAACAAUAGAUCCUUAUUGCAGGGAUAAUGCACCGGAUCUUUUAAAUAAUAUUUAUACCUGUUGUUCGCGGAUAACAGAUAAUGUAGGUUAUUUUAUGACGCCAAUGUCUAUUACUUGCUAAAUGAGACAUGCGGUGGAUAAAAAUGGACUAUAUACGAAACCUCUUAUGUUAAGAUUCAAAUCCCCAUGGAGACGCUCUGAUAGAAAGGGUGAAAGCUCUGAUAAGGUCCCUACUGAUCAAAGUACAGAAGCAAUACCCAUGGUAACGAUGAAGCAACCAAGCGCCCCAGACGAUGAACGAUUAUAUCCUGAUAUAUCUGGAGCUAAUACAUUGCAUUCUCUCCUCAACCUUGCUCAACAACAGAGAGCAAUUCAGAAAACGGAGACCAAUCUUUAAAUCCAUCGUAUCCAUUGAUUAAAAACACUCACCCAACAAUUGAUUCUCACUAAUCCAGUUUAUAAGUCAUAUUGCAGCACAAUCUUGCAGCAGCUACGUUAUUAUAUUCCUACAUGAGAUGUAAAACUAUCUGAAGGCAGUUAAACCCUGAUGACAUGGUGGAUAUAUCCAGAUAAACGACACAGCAUGGUAUCCAAUAUAUAGUAUAUAUCCGAUCACACAUAUGGUGGAUAUCCGAUCACAAAGAUGAUACGAUAUACAAGACAUGGUGGACAUAGAUCCGACAACGAAUGCACAAUGGAAUUGAUGAGGUAUGAAGAUGAAACGUGUCGUUGUCCUGUAGGAUAUUAUGGUGAUGGUGAACAAUGUUGUCAACAUGUCAUACAAGACUGUACUGAAGGUGAAAUGCAUGAUACCUUAAAUGGCAGACAAAAUGUUAUAACAUUUAUUAAACCACUAUCUUACUCCGGAGACCCAUUUGAAGUUGUAUGCUCUUUCACCUGGGGUGGAGCUACAAUAAUCCACAAACGUCGGGACAUAUACGAUGCUACCGAUUUCAACAAAAAAUGGAUUGAAUACCGCGAUGGAUUUGGAACUGUACACGGAAACUUUUGGUUGGGUUUGGAAAAAAUGUACCAGAUUCUUCAAAACAGUGCGGUGGGUUUUAUUUUGCAUUUUCAUCUCUUAAAUGAAUCGUUAUCACGUUGCAUGUGGUUUGUUGGUAAGUUUGAUUUGGAAGGCGAAUCUUCUAAUUACACGGCCACUUUUCAAAGAACAUAUUUGUCAAGAGAUGAUUGGUGUGAUGGGAUGUUUCCCUCUUUAACUCAAUAUUCACGACCAUUUUCUACGUUUGACCACAUCAGUUAUCCUGAUAACUUCAACUGUACCGGUCGGGAAGAGUCCGGAUGGUGGUUUGCUGAUGACGUUGAUUGCUCGUUUUCCAAUCUAAAUUCUAAACGUAUUGAUGACGAGAUUGUAAUCAACACUAACAACGGAACGAUCAAACUAAGUAAAGUACACAUGCAACUAAUAAGAAUCUAAUCACUUUUUCUGUAUAUUAUUAAGUGUAUACUAGCUGAGAUCUGACUGUUAUAAAUUUUAUAUUUCAAAGCAUCACAAGGACAAAUUAACUUUUUUAUACGCCCACACGUAAGAUGGACGUAUAUUGUAAUCACCCCGUCGGUCGGUCCGUCCGUCGGUCCGUCCGUCCGUUCACAUUUGGCUCGUGCUCACUCUACAGGCUACAGUUCUUUAUGGAUUCUUUUGAUUUUUAUUUUGUGUGUCAAUGUCAUUAUGAAGAUGAUCCCUAUUGA